AUGAAUCCAUAUUCUGAACAACCUGUUGCUUCAAUACCAAUACCACCACCACCACCACCUCCUCCUCCAAUUUCUUCAGUUCUUAAAUCGAAUUCAGUUGUUCGUUUAUCUAAACCAAAAUUAUCACCAAUGCCACCAAUACAAACAAAUUCUCAAUCACCAACACAAUCAACAUCAUCAGUCAUACCAAAUAAUAGGCCAAAAUCACGUGUAGAAUUUUCUGCUAAUCAAUUUAGUCAAACAUUUAAUCGAUAUAAUCAACAACAACGUUAUCAUCAAAUUCCAAUUCCCAAUAAAAAAGAUUAUUUUUUUACUCAACCAUAUUAUCCAUAUUAUUAUCGACAAUAUUAUUUAAAUAAUUUUGGUGGUAUUGGUGUUGGUGGUAAAUAUCAUCUUGCGUCCGGUUAUAAAAGUACAGACUUUCUAUCCUAA